AAACACAGCAGAUGAAGCAACGACUAACUGUAAGGAAAUCACCCAAGCUGCACGUUUGGUGAGCCUCUUCCUUUCAAUGCUGGCACACGCCCAAAGUAAUGCACUUGUGUCUGAUCCGCGCCUAUCCCCGCCAUGAAGGAAGAGAGCGGCAGAAAGCGAAUCCGGUGAAAGUUAUCUCAUCUUCGCCCAGCUUGACCCGCUGCCGUGUGCCACAGUCUCCGCCGGCCGUGCAUCAGGUCCAGCUUUCCCCCCUUCGAACCUGAUAUCAAUCGAGGCGUUCUUAGUUACCUCUGCCGAUCGUCUGCUCCAGAGGGACGUCUGCUCCACCCCUCCCAGAACUUGUCGUCUGCUACACAGAACGUGCAUACGUGCUCUUUUCUAUAAUCCUUUGAUAUUACCAGAGAUGCGAGGUUAUUUCGAGACGAUGUAAGGAACCUUUCGAUGCACGUUUGUUACACAUGCUGUUUAUUGGAGUAUUGGAACACAACCACAGCAGACAAAAGCAGUUCCAUCCGAACCGCGGUACCGCGAGGAGCGAGUGAGGAGGGGUGAGGGGGGCUCGCUAUUUCAAAAUGGCGGAUGUUGAAAGUGAAGCAGACGAUAAGUUUGCAAAUGUGGAUGUGGAUAGUAUCCUGUCCCGUGUUGGCCGUCGACCUCUAACUUUUGACAAGACCAGGUCUCUUUACAAAGCCCCGGAGUUUCUAAAGAGGUUAAGGGGCGAGGAGACGGUGGACGAGGGGACGACGGUGCAGUUGGAGACAAAGUUGACGGGAUUCCCACGGCCGGUGCUCAGGUGGUACAAGGACGAUCAGGAGGUUCUAGAGCACCCCCGCAUCCACAUCGAGUCCAACGGUGACGGCGUGUACGUCUUUACCGUCGAGAACGUCAACAAGGGUGACGAGGCUGCGUACAAAUGUCGUGCUGAGAAUGAAGAAGGCUCUACGACAUCCACUUUCUACCUUCAUGUUAAAGUCAACAAACGCAGCCCUAAACGAAAGUGCCAGACCAAACGAAGCGUGUCCUACCCACCGAUGUUCCCCACUAUAAUUGAGAAGGUUGAGGAGGAGGAGAAGGAGGGCAAGGAGACAGCCCGCUCUCCCCCAUCACCCCUCACACAGUUGUAUGAUGGACUCACCCUUCAGACGCGGCACACGUGGCCAAAGUUUCUCGGAGACUGGGCUUACGCCGACAAUGCGCAUCGUAAUGGAGGGUCUUUUGGAAGCGAAUCCGACUCCGAGGUCGGCGACGGCCAUUCGCUUGAAAGCAUAGAACAUGACGACGAUGUCUUCUCGGAGGAGAGCAGUGAGAAGUCAAGUGAAGAUGGACCGGGUAGUGCUUCAUUUUACGUUAGCAGUGAGGAGGCUUCCCCGGAAUCUCCCGAGUGCUUAAUUAGGGAUCUGAAUGGGGACAGCACUAAAGUUUCUGAGGAAACUAAGCUUGAAAACAUUGUUGUUAAAAACGAGCCAAACAACAACCAGCCCAAGGUUGCUAAGGGUAAACGAGAUAUGCAUUUGCCCCUAACAAAUGGGCUUGUUUCUAAUACAACGGCAGCGCUUCCAGAGUCGAAGGCAAAGGAAACCAGGAAGUCAGAUGCUAAAGUUGCUUCAAAGAAAAAGGAUAAGGACUCUAGUGUCAAAAAGUGUGACGAAAAAAAGAAGAGUGGUGACAAAUCUAAAGAAUCCAAAAAGACUGAAGACGGGAAAUCGGAUAAUACUUUGAAAAAAAUGGAUUCAAAAGAAAAACCUGUGAAGAAAUCCGACUCGAAGGAGAAAAAUGUGAAGAAAGAAAAUACGGGUGUUAAGAAAACGGAUCAAAAAGAAGAACAUAAAUUAAAAACGAAAACGAAAGAGGGCACCAAACCGCCAAAAGAUGUCACAAACGUCUCAUCGGAAAAGAAACUGGUGAAAAAAUCGGACAUAAGAGACAAAAAGACUGAUUCUCCUAAAAAGAAAUCAGAAAGCAAAGAAAAGAAAAAGAAAGCAGAUUAUAUCACAAAUCCAGACCCUCCCAUGUUGGGAGGAAGUCGACCGCUCGUUUUGACUAAUCUGACCAGCAAAAUUGCGUCCUGCGCAUGCACGAGCGGAAGUGAGGAGGAUACCAGAUCACUAGAUGGCGCAGAUGUAUAUACUAAAGCUAUUAUCCAAUCAGACGAAAGCAAGCAGUGCAAGGAUAUUAGUGGCGAAGUAGUGCGUCACCAUGGCAACAAGGAUCUUGCAAUAGCACGACCGCCUGUUCCGGACGUUCCGUUUGGGCGGUUUUUCGAAGAAUUUAUAUUCGUGGUGUGCUUGUUCACAUUUCUAGCCCUAUGCAUCGGAAUACCAUCAGAAACUUUCGUGCUUGUCGUACUAGGGAUGCACUUCUUCUACUCGAUGGUUACUAUUCUUGGACUGUGUUGAAUACUAGAUCAAGAUUUGUGUUUGCAACUACAUAGUACAAUCAGGCGAUCAUUACUUUACAAUAUUUCACUGUCAUGUGUUUGUGUUUGUACAUAGAGAUAUCUAGAAGGAGGAUGUGAACGCACCUCCCCAUGAUCAUCCAUCAUCUCCGAACGUGUCAUAAUAAAAUAAACUAUGACUGUCAUAUCAGAAGACCUUAAGCAUAAUCUUCUAACCUUUUUCUAGUGAAGCUGCAAUCGCACCAGAAAACCUCGAUUAGGGCCGAGUAUUUUUUGUAGACAGGCCCUGUUUAGGGAUUCGUUACUUGAUUUUGUAGAUUUGGGCAUAGGUAAAGCAGCGUAUGACGUCCUUCCUUUCAUUGAUACAGCUAGUUUCAGACAGUGAUUGCUUUCAAACUACCUCGAACUGAUUUCCUUGCGUUAUAUUUAAUGUAAGAAAGCUGUUUCGAUGGGCUUAACUCAAACACGAACACCCGCACCUGUAUAUUACAACACUGCCACAAUAUUUGUUUAAUGCAACAACAGAAUUAUCUUUGUGUUUCAUUCCGUGAUGAAUGUCGUGGAUGGCACAACUCCGAGCAUGCAGCCUCGGGAUGGACGGUCUGUUCACUUAUAAUGUCAAUGUAGUGGUUAUAGAUAUGGGUUCUCUGAAUAUGCUGUUCAACCUAUGGCUCUGAUAUAUGCAUACAUAUCUGAUACAACUAAAAGUCCGAGAUAACAAAAGUUGGAUUUAACAAUUUGAUAAAACCAUAUUUGGCUACAACGAAUCUAAGUUUGGUCCGCAGAGUGAAAAAAUGAUAUUCUUGUCAGUAGCCAAUUCCAGUAAUAACGGGGCGGUCGGGUAGCCUAGUGGUUAAAGCGUUCGCUCGUCAAGCCGAAGACCCAGGUUCGAUUCCUGACAUGGAUACAAUGUGUGAAGCCCAUUCCUGGUGUCCCCCGCCGUGAUAUUGCUGGAAUAUUGCUAAAAGCGGCGUAAAACCAAACUCACUCACUCACUCCAGUAAUAACGGCCCCUAAGAGAUCACUGUAUUCAUAAUAUGACUGUUAAUCUACUUCGGAUAACUCGAAGUCGGAUAAAGCAAAUAUAAGUCACAUUUGUACUUCAUUGUUAAAUGGAACAGCGACAAACGGUCAUUCAAAUUAAUUUAGAAUCAUUGACGUCCGUUAUUGGUGGAGAUAUAAUAUUCAAAAUCCUCAUUGGGAUUGGGAAACUGUAUUGUUGAUGACGUCAGGCUGUGUUACCUCUAGCACGGGGCAACGACGUCUUCAUUGUAUCUGUGUAAACCAACCGUGACAUCUGUGAAAGACAAAGGUACACAUGAUGAAUGUUUCAGACACGAGUCCAACAUCCCAGAUCCACUCUUCCCUGUGAACAUACAAACUCACUGACCUAAAGCCAAAGCCACAUUCUUGUGUUUCGGGUAACUGUUUGCAAACUAUAUUGUUCAGAAGAUUAAACAAACGUCUUGAAGGGUUUUCUUGACAUGUUACAAAUCUGGUAAAAUAUAUUCCGGGUUGCAAGUGACGGGUAGGUUACCAGAAACAUAAGUGGUGGGUUUUUUGUCUGCCUAGUAUGCACGUGACGUUAUCCGGAAGGAAAGCCUUGUGUUAAAUGCAGUGUCUUAUCCGUCUUGUGCGUCAUAGUCUCGUCAUGGUUGUAUUAAUUCGAUUGUGACAUUUGGGAAACUGCAUUCAACAUUUCUUUCUUUAAAACAUGACUGUUCAAAUAUAGGUGUCGGUAUUAACACGUGUAUUGUACGAUAUGCUUUAAUUCAAUGAAAAGGUCAGAAAAUGAAGAUGUUGAAAGUUGAUACAUGUCGUUUGUUGACACACACUCACUUAACAACACAACUGAGAGUAAUCAGGGGUUUUUCUGAUUUAUAGAACACAAGAGUAAAAAUGUUUUGGAUUUUUUUAUUCCUUUCACAGACAACAAAUGUUUAUUUUAUGGUUUACGGAUAAUAACCAAUCAGCUUCGGUUGGUCGAAAUAUAAAUACAUUCAGUUAGCUCCUUAAAAUAAUUUUGGAAUGAAGUUGUUUUGGUCGUUAUUUUGGGGAGAGUAAAAUUAGUUGUUAACGUUUAUCGUACAGGCUGUUUGGUGUGUUAACAAUAAAAUGUACGUAUAUCUGUUCAGUCACAGACGAAUUUCUAUGAGAGGUAUGUAUCUGAUCAAUUAGUUAAGUAUUUAAAUAGUUAACAGUUACUUUCGUUUCCAAAUUCAUCAAUGAUGAAGUAGUCGAGCAAAUCAAAAUAAAUAUCACUUUUUGUGUCUUUGGUUAAAAUCCGUAUGCCGAAAAAUAAACAUAGCGUCGCCUUAAAGAGUGAAUUCGAAAGGCAGCUAAUUUUCACUUGUUUGCUAUUUGCAGCGUCAAUUUGUAGGACUGUGAUAUCAGUGAGUAAGCAGAUAUUAUUAAACCCCAAACAGACUAAUUAUUUAUUAUCAACAUUUAGCGUUGUUGAUACAUUUAUUUACUUUGUUCUGUAUAUUUGUAUAUUUCAGGAUAGCAAAUGUGCAGCUAUACACUCUCACUGGGUUACGAGUUAGAUGGUAAAACCAAUAUUUUUUUUGUAAUUAUCAAUUGUCUGGUGUACGUUCGCAUAUCAUUAUUAUGGUAGGCCAAAUUGCCACAGUUAAAUGGAAUAUUUAAGAAAUCAGAAAAUAUUUUGAAGUGUCCUAACGAUGUAUACUUUGUUUGCAACAAGGAUUAUUUAAGAAAUAAAUAUUUUGAACUAUAUUAUACAAUUAUCAUAUGUACAUGUAUUUGAAUUUCAUUGACAUGAUAGAACAAAUCACGUAUCUUGAAUUCGUUUUCAAAAUGUGUUUGUCGUAGAGAGAAAUGUCCUGAAAUUGUUUCAGUUACAUUCGAUAAAACAAAAUUCAUCUUUUGCGUUUCUUUUUUUCGUCAGUAUAUACCCAUGAAUUUACAACAUGUUAGCAUAAUUGUGUGCGUACAGGGUGAGGUGAUGUACAUAAUAAAAAUACAGGCUGAUAAUAAUUAUUAGCUGUGCUGUCGGGUGCAAAACUGGAUCAGGACUGCCAAAAUGUACAACGGUUGUACAUUUUGUUUUCACCGUUGAAAUUAACAUUGUUUGAGAAAUAUAAAUUUAUUUGUUGGCGAGGUCAACGUAAUACUAAUCUUUAUUGUACAGAGAGAGAUAAAACAAGCUAUUAAAACUCGAAAAUACCAA